GUCGCCGGAGCAGCGUCGUGGUUCAUGUGUCGCGAUCUUUUUGUUCACGAUUCUUAGCCAUAUCCAUUCCUUUUUGAAAUACCCAACGACGAAUCUUUCGAAAAUAAUCCAACAUUGAUCGUGUGGAAAAGGAUCGAAAAAACACUAGGCAUCGAAGCAUGUUUGCGCGGGAAUACUUAGGAAAGCAACAUCUCGGCGAUGCAACGACGGACAGUGAGAGGCAGGAUUUCUUUGAACCCCUUCUUAAGCGAUAAAGAUGCGUGACGCGCAGCAACAAGUCCUGGAAAUACGUUGCCACCGUUUUCCCUAUAUUAUCCUGUCCCGGUACCAUUAAUUGUUCCGUUACACACUAAAAGAGAGCAGUCGAGUAGCGUUCAGUGUAGUAUAGUAUAGUGUGUAUCGACAAAAGUUUCGGUUGGCGUUCACGGUCAACCUGUUAGUCAUGUGGGUACGGUAAAAAUCGCACGGGCAGGAACUCUGGAAGAGCAAUUUCUCGGAAAUGGUAAUAAUGACAUAAUGAGACCUGCUCCUCGACGCGAAUAAGGAUUCACGAUGCACUGACGGGUAGUUGGUUCGAUUGUUACUUGUGGUGGUGUGAUGUUUAUUUGCCAGUUCUGCGAACGGUGAAACACGAUAACAGCGUGCUCGAAAAUGCGACGGUUUUACGAUUUCGCCAACGAGACGUUGUAAGAUUAUUAUCUUGGACUAGUGGAAAAAGUAAUUGCUCGAUCGUGACGAAACGCCGCUUUAUGCAUCAUGCAGCGCUCUCGGGCCCUUUCUCGUGGAUGGAAGGAUAAGAAAAUAAACACGAGUAUGUUUCUGGUUAACGGAAUUGUGAUGUUGGGGUUCGUCGUGGCCACCGUGCCGGACGCGAUGGUACACGGAUCUUCCGGACCGAUGCUGGUUAUGGAUCAGGACAUCCCUUCGAGGACUUGUCGGUACAGCAGGGUACGCUCGAUGAUUCAAGUCCGCUGCGUUAAUUUGGGUUUAGAAGAAAUCCCUUCGACUUUGAAGUCGGAUAUUCAGAUUCUCGAUGCGUCGGUGAACAGAGUGCGGGAGUUAACAAACAACAGCUUGGCUCCGUACAAGAACCUCGCGUAUCUCGAUCUCAGCGACAAUUUUCUACAGAACAUUCAACAGGGAGCAUUCGAUAAUCUACGAUACUUGGAAGUGUUGGAUCUGUCGAAGAGCGGCUGCGACGAUCUACCGAGCAGCCUAUUCCAGUUGCCCUAUCUGCGUAAGGUGUUCCUGUACCAUAACAAGCUGACCGACAAUCUGUUCAGACACACGGAUGUCAAGUCACCGUUGAAUUUUCUGCAAUUGUCCAAGAACAGACUUUGCAGGAUUCCCCAGAUGGGCCCUCUGCCCACGCUGGAGCAUCUGAACGUAUCCGAAAAUUUCAUCGGCUCGGUAACGCCCGAGGAUCUGGCUCCGUUCUGCAUUCUGAAAGUCUUAGACCUGUCCAAGAACCCGAUCAAGUUCAACGCGACAAAUUGCGAAUGCCAAACGUUGAACUCGUGGCUAACGGCUCGCGAGAUUCAGGUGUAUCCUGUGUUCAACUGCACGGAAGAGCUGCAACGAGGAUGCUCCUUGAAAUCGGAGUUCAGAAAUAAAACCGUGGAGCGGUACGAACGGUGCCUGGACGUAUUGCAGCUGCGGAUCGAGACCGAAAAGGCAAGGAGCACGUGGAUUCUAGUUGCUUGCUGCAUCUCCGCGUUCCUCGUCUGUUUGUUCCUUGGUCUGUUCUGCGUGCACAAGAGAAACAAGCGGAGGAAAAAGAAGUUGAAAGAGGAGCAAAGACUAAACGCCAACAACGCCAACACCGAGCUGCUCAACAGCAAUUUGAACCAGCUUGAAAAUACCUGAACGCGGACAGGCACCUUUGCGACAUCAGGCAUAUGGUGUGAAGCUGAUUGAACUUGGAGUAAACUUACAGAAGACCGUACCAAUUUCUUCUCCUCUGUACAGUAUGGUGAGAGAAAGAAGGAAAGAGAAGCAGUGUUAAAUAAAAUUGCGUUUGCAGACUCAAAUACACAUGUAUCCAACGAAGAUAUUUAAGCGAUCUGGGAUUACGAUUAUGGCCUAGCUUUAUCCGCGAUUACGCGAAUAUUCAAUCGAAAACCGAGAUUUAUCGGCCUUUACCGAUGUCGUGUACGCAGGUUCUUUGAUGUUCAACAUUGAUUUUAACCGCGCUGUCAUCCACGAUCGUGCUAUUUUAUAAAGUCAUAAAUCGAACAUCGACUCGAAGCGUACCAUUUAACGCAGAUUGUCCACUAGAAACGAGCCGUCUUAAUAUCUUUAAUAUUUUUAUUUUAAAACAGCCGUCGUUGCUAUACGUGUUCCACUUAAAGCUAUACAACUUUGGUGAGCAAUAUUUCUUUCUCUUAUUUAAAAUAAUGAACAAAAUAAAGUUGGUUCGUUUCUAACAAGACAUCUUGUGUAAUGCAUUUCGGAAUGUUUGUAACAUUUCCUUUUUCGUAUCCAUGCGUCUAAUACAACAUUCUAAUGGAACACAAAAAUACUACAUAUAUAUCUCCAUAUGCAGAAUUAAAAUUUUGUGUUACACGCGUUGGAUAAAGUGGGAUUCAAGAACUAUAAAUGACCACGAUUCGAUCGAAUUUUGUUUCUCGCAACCGAAGCAACACCACGUAUCUAUUUAUAUUCCUUUUUACAUUAAACGAAACCACUUUGUAAAAUAUACAUAUAUGUACACUUAUACAUAUACAUGCAUAUACAUGUAUGUAUGUAUUAAUUAUUAUCGUAUUUAUUUUUAUUUGAUAAGAGAACGUUCAAUGUUAUUUCUUUGUUCAUUUUUGCAUAUAAUUCUUCAUGCAACAAGAUUUUUCUAUUUAACUAUGAGUAUGUGAGAAUCAUUUUAUUUGAAAGAGCAAAUUGUAAUGUAACGUUUAUGAUUUCAUGCGAAGUAUGCCAACUGCCAUCAGUUCGUUUGCAAUACGAUUUGAAAUUCUAUGAAAUUUUGUCGAGUAUGCGCCAUACGAGGCAAUCAAAUCUGGAACAAAAAUGGACGAAUUAGCGCGACGGAAGGUAAGAAACGUCAAGUGUCGGAAAAUCGAAAUACUAGUUCCUAAUAUUUGUAAUAUCUUUAUCGAUUACUACCAAGCUUCGCUAACUGUUCCUGUUUGGAAAUCAGUUUUGCAAGAAGCGGUAAUCAUGGCGUGUACUUAAACUAAACGUGUACUUAAAAACCGGGCCAAUUUUUUUUCUUUAAAUUAAGGUUGACUCUACUGAAACUGAAAAAUAUCUAUUUGAAACAGCACUGUUCAGAUGCAGGUAAACUCCACUAUCAAUUAUCGAUUUCAAACACCGAUGAAAACAUGAGAAUCAACGUAGAUCGUUUUAAUAUUUUUAAUUCGGCUGGAUUCAACGACGAACAUAAUUAAUUGUAUAUUAUAAUGUACAUGUAAACAUUCCAAAUAUCAUUUUUCAAUCCAAAGUACUUGCGACAAAUGUUGCUCUUUAAGAGCUAAGAACAAAAAGUUCAAACUUUAAGUUAAAGAUAGCAAAUUCUCGAUGAACAUUGCCCAUUUGUACGAUCCAUGAUCUAUCGACCGAUAGAAAACUCUUCGUAUGCGCGCACGAUGUGUACUUAAAUCUAUGUUCCAAUACAGUUGUAAUUCGAUCGUCUUUCUUACUGUUAAUUUUUAAUACUUUACAUCGGAUGUAACUGUAUACGUUGCACAAAAAUAUUACCAAGUGUUUGAUGAAUUUCAUAAAAUAAACCUUCGAUCCAAUCGUCCUUUCUUUGAUUAAAAAUAUUAAACAAUAUUAUCAAAAGGAAACAGAGAAACUGACGAGAAUGAUUGGAAAGUGAAUAUACGAGUGAAGCGAAACGAUGAAAAUUAUAUGCAUCAUUAAUCGUUCGUAGAAUGUUUGUUAUUUACAUCGGGCUCAUACAC